CUAAAUUCAACUAUGACUAAAUGUUAAUACUGCAAAAAAAAUAUCGAUUCAGAGAAAUUAAUGUUACAUGAGAUGUAUUGUGAAAGAAAUUGUAUUAAAUGUGAUAGAUGUGGCAAUCUGUAUGAUUAAAAUGAUCCAGAAUCACAUGAAGAAGAAUUUCAUACAUUUUAAUAAUGUCCAAAUUGUAAAUUAUCAUUCUAAGGUUUCUUUAUCUAUAUUAAUAAUUAUUAGAUUUAAAAAACCAUAUUUGUUAAGAAGUACCCAUCUUAUGUUAAUUUUGUUAAUUGGAAAUUCCAAUUCAAUCAUUCUAAUUACAUAAAGUUCAAUGUGGAAGCAGAACUGAACUUUGUGAAUCAUGCCAUUAAUAUGUUAAAAUGAGUGAAUUCUCAAAACAUUAAUAAAUAUGUCAAGAUAAUAAAUUUGACAAAUUUAGAAUAAAUGAAAAAUCUCAUGAUUUCCCAUCAAUCUAAGAAAUUAAUAAAGUACCAUAAGUACCAAAAACUUAUGAUUCAUAAAUCAAAUAAAAAUAAGACUAAUCUCAAUAAACCAGUGUUAAAUUUUAAACACAAUAACCUCUAGAAUUUCCUGUAAAUUUAAAUAAACCUGAUAAACCUACUGGUUUUCAAUCUUAUUUGUAUGAUAAUAUAGGUGAUUAAAAGAAAGAAUUUUAUACAGAUUAAAACUAUCGAAAUAAUUAUUCUUUCAAUGAUCAUAAUAAAAUAUUUGCACCAAAAUCAAUCUCAUCUAUAAAUUAAUAACAAUAAUUUGUUGAUUCAAAGUAUAAUUAACCAAUUCAAUUUCAGUAAGGAUUAAGAUUCACUUAAGAUACUUAAGAAUAAAAUAAUUAUUUUUAUUAGGAAGAUUAAGCUUAACUUAAUAAUCGAUUUCCAUUUAAUUAGUAAUUGGCUUAAGAGAGUAAAUAUACAUAUGAAUAAACAUAUUUAGGAAAUUAAAAAUCUAAUCCAAUAUAUACCUAAAACACAAAUAAUGUUCAGGAACAUUUUAAUGAUUAUGAUUAGAAUUUAAAAUUAAUGGAUUAGUAAUAUAAUGAAUUUAAACCGUAAUCUUAUCCUCAUUAUAUCCCAUAACUACCAGAAAAAUUUUAAUAGAAUUUAUAAUAAUUUAAUGAAAUUAACAAUUAUGAUAUUAAAUAAUAAGAUAGAAAUUAUCAAAAUGAAUAUUAAAAGCUGACUAAACCUUAAUAAGCAUAACAAUCAUAAUAUGAACAUAAAUAAAGCAAUUUUUUUGACAAUCAUUCUUAAUAUUAUGAUUAACCAAUAUCUAAUGGAUUUGAAUCAUAAUAAAAACAUUAAAAUUUUGACUAAUUUAAAUAAAAUUCCUAUGUUUCAAGUAUUCCAAAUUAUUAAUAAAGUAAAUUAAAUGAUUUUAAAGAAAUUUCAAGUAAUUAGAUAUUUAAUAAUAAUGAUCAAGUUCAAAAUGAUAGUGUAAUUGCCGCAAAUUUAUAGGAAUAAUUGUUAGUUGAAGAUUUAUAAAUGACAGAAUAAUAAAUUAUUGAACAAAAAUAACUUUAUAAAAUGAUGGAGGAAUAAGUUAAAUAAUAGAAAAAUAGAAUAAAUUAUCCUCGAUAAAAUUAUUAAGAAACAAAUUAAUAUUCAUAAUUUGUCUAACCGAAUGAAUUCGAUUUUAUGACAGACGAGGAGAAAUUAAUUUAAAGAUAGUUAUUAGAGAGGAUUGAAUUACAAAAUAAAAGAAAAUGA